GAUCCGACACAUCUGGCGGAAAAUCGCCACGCGAGCGAAAUGUGCAAUCCCACACUCUCUCUCUGUCUGUAACCAUCUUCGCUGGCCUUUCCUCCAACUUUCUGGUUUUGAGGAGAUUCCAAUCUCCCCGCUGAGCUCCUUAGCCCCCGAUCCUUUUAACGUUUUACCCUUCACCGCUGCCCCCUUCGCAACUCUGGAAACUUUGCCUCUUCUUCGUUCCUUUCUCUUUUCCAGAGUUGCCGAGGGACAAAUGUUACAGCAGUGAAAAGGACAAAGAAAGAGGAGAGAGAUCUGAUUGUGGUUUAAAGAGAUGUACAGAACUCCGUUGCCUGCUCAGCUCUCUGAUUCCAACCGCCGAAUCAUCGACACCAAUGCCACUACCCUUAAAGUCUAUCAAGUUUGGAAAGGCAGAAAUAGAUUUUGCCUUGGAGGUAGACUUAUAUUUGGUCCAGAAGUAAGGUCAAUCUUCCUUACAAUAUCUCUAAUUGUGAUCCCAGUCGUUUUAUUUUGCGCUUUUGUUUCUCAAAGCCUCAUUCACGAACUGGACCACCAUUUUGGCAAUCUGAUUGUAGCUAUUCUAAUUAUCUUUACCAUAUAUGAUCUUAUUCUUCUGCUCCUUACAUCUGGAAGAGAUCCUGGCAUUAUUCCCCCGAACUCCCACCCUCCAGAACUGGAGGAAGAUGGUUCCACUAUGUCUGCGGAUUGGGCAGGGGGUCAGAGCGGUGUUGGUGUUCCAAGUUUACCACCUACAAAAAAUGUUGUGGUUAAUGGGGUGAUUGUCAAGGUUAAAUACUGCCAAACAUGUAUGUUAUAUCGUCUACCACGAUGCUCACAUUGUUCUAUAUGCAAUAACUGUGUGGAGCGUUUCGAUCACCAUUGUCCAUGGGUUGGGCAAUGUAUUGGGAAGAGAAAUUAUAGAUUCUUCUUCAUGUUCGUGUCCUCCACAACCAUACUAUGCCUGUAUGUUUUUGCCUUCUGCUGGGUAAAUAUUAAGAAAAUAAUGGAUGAAUAUCAUUGUAAUCUCUGGAGAGCAUUCUUGAAGUCCCCUGUUUCAGGGGUUCUUAUAUUAUAUACAUUUCUGACUGCUUGGUUUGUUGGAGGCCUCACUAUGUUUCAUCUCUAUUUGAUUUGUACCAAUCAGACAACAUAUGAAAAUUUUCGGUAUCGUUAUGAUUCAAAAACGAAUCCGUAUAAUCGUGGUUGUGUCCACAACAUUUUUGAGAUUUUCUUCUCCAAAAUUCCCAAGUCUAAAAAUAACUUCAGGGCGAAGGUCAAGUUGGACUCAUCUGCUCUCUUUGCUAACUCAAUGACCUUGGCUCGAUCCAUGAGCCCAGAAAUGCCAAAAACAAGCUUUGACAUAGAGAUGGGAAUGGGAAAGCGGCAAGCUGUUGCUGCUGAGGAUUUUGAAGAAAUACUCAGCCAGAUUGAUAGUGUUGGUAGAUUGGAGAGGUGUGGAACGCAACCAAGGCACACAAACCUGGGUGACAAAGCCAACUGGGAGAUGUCACCUGAUAUACGUAUGUUGGCUGCUGAGUUUGGAAUGGAACACGGUUUCAAGGAUAGAGAGAAAGCUCGUAGAGGCCACUGAAGCUGUUUUCAUGUAAAUUAUAGUAAGAAAGGCAAAUUAAUGAUCUUAGAGCCUUCUUGAAGUUUGCCAAACCAGCUGAUUGAAAUUGACAAGUGAACAAUGCCACUAAGAUAUUAAUCCAUCAGAAGUUUGUUUUUACACUUUGUUUGUCUCUGCAAGGAAGGAAGGUUCCGGUCUGGCUCAGGUACUCAGGGUUCUUGUUGUAUAUCAUACUGCUUUGACAAAUGCUUGGGGUAAGUUUUGUGCUAUAAUGUGUUCGUUUGUGAGGAUAAUGGGUUGGUGUUUAUAAUUAAUUGGAUCGUGAAGGUUAAACUAAAUUAUCAAUUGUAGAAAGGUUUCUUUAAUUAUAGAUAGAGCUUGGGUCUGUUUCUGCAGGGUCUUGGAACCUUGUGAUAUUUUUCCUACUUUUAUUGUACCGUUUAGGCCUGAGCCCCGCCCCUCUUUGCAGAAACUUUCUAUAACUCUCAUGGUGGUGAUAUCAGUAAUUGUUUCCAGAAAAUGAGUUUUUAGUAAAGAUUUUUUUGGAUC